AAGUGCUAUAGUUCUAUAUGGUCUCCGUCGAAGUUAGCGUCGUUUACCUCUGUGGGCCACAUGCUGGCGGUGCUGUGCAAAAAUAAAUAUAUAUAAACUUCUGAUAAUCAUUCAAUACAAGUAUUGUGUUAUAGAUGGUAUUUUGUUAACUGUUUGUUGGCGGGUUUUUUUUUUCUUCUUUUCGUUAGUGCGAACAUGUCUUGCUGUGUAGCACACAUGUGUUCUAACAGACAAGUCUCUUCUUCCGGGUUAAGCUUUUUCAGGUUCCCCAUCAAUGACAAAGACAGGUUGCAGCAGUGGAUCCACAAUCUCAAGAGAAAGAGCUGGACACCAAACAAGCAUUCUCGCCUCUGCUCCAUUCACUUCACACAGGACAGUUUCAUCGUUGGCCGGGAACGAGUUACCCUUAAACCAGACGCGGUGCCAACCAUCUUCUACCCACAUUUACACAUAAAGGCCAAGGUGAGGCGCUCCAGAGUCAGUAAGAACACAACUGUUAGGAAGACUGACCCUGCCACACAAGCGCGUAGACGCAGGAACGUCAGUCACGACCAUGACUACAUCGGUUGCGCUCCCAGUGAACCACAGACAGUCGCAGUGAACGUAGCCAGCUGCAGCCGGAGCCAUUCUGCAGAUCACGGUGCAUACUCGCUGAAAAACUCCCCCAGUCCUCUAAAGAGGAAGAUGCCUCUUGUUCAAAGUAAAUUGCUUUCUUGCAAGAAAAAAAUGAAGCUUCAAGACCAGACAGUCAGAAGACUGAAAGAGAAAGUGAAGUCUCUCUCCUCAGUAGAUCCAAGUAGCUCGUGCUCUUGCAAGAAAAAAAUAAAGCUUCAAGAGCGGACAAUCAGAAGACUGAAACAGAAAGUGAAGUCUCUCUCCUCAGUUGUCACUGAUCUUGAAGAGAAGCUGCGUGUUUCCAACAGCUGCGGUGAUGUGCUGGAGGCUUCCUUUAGCGGAGUCGCUACAGAAAUUCAAGUGAUUCUUGAGUAAGGCCAAAAGACCGAUCUCACCUCAGCCAGACUGUUCACCCCGUUCCCUUCCAGGGGUGCGUCCCAGGUCUCUGUGCACCCGGACCAGCAGGUUCAGAGGAAGCCCACCGACACCUCCUUGCCUGUGCCUGAUGAGCUGAACCACGUUCACGUGGGCCGCUUUGACAGCAACAAGGAGGUAGCCAUCAACGUUGUGUCCCUGACUUUGAAUAUACGGUGUAUCAUUACCAAGUUCUACCACAUAAGUAAUAAAACCACGACAUUUCUGUCAAAGCAUGUCUACUGUGUGUUUCGAUAAUAAAUAUUGAAUCAUUUGGUAAGUAAAUAUUGCUUUAUUGAAAGUCAUGAUUGGUGUACAACCAGUGUCAGCCAAAAACAAUUUAAAAGAA